CAGCAGACAUUUUGUAAUGCAUUUAUAUUCGUAAUGGAUUAACACUAAGAGUUAGGUCUGCAGGCUGUCUAUUUACUUGUGGUUUACUGUAGAAUGAGUCAUCUUGAUGUAAUUCUUCUAUUCAUUACCAAAGAAGGAGCUGCGUCGCCUCCGCAGAUUUCACCUCUCGGCCAAACCCUCCGGACGCACGGCUGCUGUGGACUCAGACAAGCUCAUCUGAUCGCCUUUGGAGAGGUCCCAGGAGCUAUCUCACCUCCACCAUGACUGAUCGCUUUGACUGCUACUACUGCCGUGACAACCUGCACGGGAAGAAGUACAUCAAGAAGGAUGACAAGCACGUGUGCACCAAGUGCUUUGAAAAACUCUGCGCCAACACCUGUGCCGAGUGCAGACGCCCCAUCGGCGCCGACGCCAAGGAGCUGCACCACAAGAACCGAUACUGGCAUGAGGACUGCUUCCGCUGCGCCAAGUGCUACAAGUCCCUCGCCAGUGAGCCGUUCAGCGCUCGGGAUGAUGGCAAGAUAAUGUGCGGCAAGUGUAACUCCAUCACGGAGGGCAACCGCUGCCAGGGCUGCUACAAAGUGGUCCUGCCAGGAGCCAAGAAUGUGGAGUACAAGAACAAGGUAUGGCAUGAGGAAUGCUUCAAAUGCUUUGAGUGCAAGGAGCCGAUCCGCACGCAGAGCUUCCUGACCAAAGGGGAUGACAUCUACUGCGCUCCCUGCCAUGACAAGAAGUUUGCCAAGAAGUGCUUCCACUGCAAACAGCCCAUCACCUCUGGAGGAAUCAGCUACCAGGACCACCCAUGGCACUCCGAGUGCUUCGUGUGCAACACCUGCAAAAAACCUCUGGCUGAGACUCGCUUCACCUCCCAUGAGAACAACCAUUACUGUGUGAACUGCUUCAAGUCUGAUGUGGCCAAGAAGUGCCAUGGCUGCAAGAACCCCAUCACAGGGUUUGGCCAUGGCACCAACGUGGUGAACUACGAGGGAUUCUCCUGGCACGACUACUGCUUCAACUGCAAGAGAUGCAGCCUCUCUCUGGCCAACAAGCGUUUCGUCAUCAACGCAGAUCACAUCUACUGCCCUGACUGCGCCAAGAAGCUGUAAAGUGCACUGUCAGCUCUGCAGAGGGUCCCAGUUUAAAGGGGUAUUACACCAAAACUGACUUUUAGACUGUUAGUUUGCAAAAAAUAUUUUCUCAUAGUUUUCGCAGUGUGCAGUUUCUGAAUUAGCCUUACAAUGUAAAAACAAAAAGUCUGUUUUGGUGAAACGUCUUAGAGAAUAUUAACAUGAGUAUUCAUUUAAAUAUGCACUAGCUUGGUCAUCUAUUGAUAUUAAUGCACUGUUAGGAUAGGAUACUAACACGGCAAAAAAUUGUUCUUUUUGGAUUGUGACAUAUCUAACCUAGCAUUAUGAGAUAGAUGCAUUUUCAGUGCCUUACUGCUGUGGUUCCCAGCCUUUUUUUCCAACCCCCUUAGUCAUACCUGAGUCCCUAGAACCCAUUUGGAAAAACUAAACAUCAGUUUUAAUUAAUUUAUUGACAAAAUUCCAACAGAAUAGGCCUAUCUGACAGGUUCUUUCCUCAAAGAUCUAUAUGUAAACUAUCCAUUAUCACAACAGUGUAUUAGGGCCACACUUAAACAAGACUAGGUUAAAACCUAGUACAUGGCAGACCGCAACUAUCUGGGAUGUCUGUUGAAAUGCCUGACUGGCAGAGUAAUUUUGUCAUUAUUGUUUUUUGUUUUGUUUUUUUUGUGAGCCAAAUUUAUUGCGGCAACUUAAAUGUAUACAUGCUGUCCUCUCUGUCUGUCUGUCUGUCCUCUUAAUAAAGCUCUUCUCUGUGUACAUAUGAAA